AAUUACGUAAUCUUUGCUUACUGUUUUUUUAUUUGUCAUACUUUGGUUUUAGUCAUUAUGUUUAUGUCUGCCAUAAACUCACUUUAUAUUGUUGACAAUCAAGGUAAAAUGUGGCUGACGGGGCUUAUAUCGCAGCCACGGAGUCAAAAUCUUAACAUUAUCUAGCCUUAUCUACGGGUAUAAGCUAAGCACCUGAUAAAUUGUUUGAAAGAGCUUACGGAAAUGUCAUAAGUUGUUUCCAGCUAAUUUUGAUAAGCUCUACGAAAGCUUAUAGAAAUAGCUUAUACUUGAGCAUUUAUAUGAUAAGUGCUUUUCCUUUUUAUUGGGGAAAGGAGAAAUUUUUAUUCAUUCAAGUGGCACUAAUGACCAUUUUACAACUGUCUCUGACGGAUUUGAACUCAGCAGCUUGAGGUUACAAGGCUAAUCUCUUACCACUGAACUAGCAUCUCAAGUAUGUACAGCAUAAGAUACUACCAGGGGUAACACAUUGGCAAAGCCCGAAUUAUUUUGCAUAUUUUCCAUCCAAUAGCAGCAUUGCUGGUUUUUUAGGAGAGAUGCUUAGUGCUGGUAUCAACAUUGUGGGUUUCAGCUGGAUAACUUCUCCUGCUGCAACUGAACUCGAAUCAAUUGUCCUUGACUGGCUUGCCAAGGCACUCUUUCUGCCUCAGGAUUUCCUUUCUAAUGGGAAAGGGGGUGGAGUUAUACAGGGAACAGCAAGUGAAGCUGUGCUAGUUGUAUUGUUGGCUGCCCGUGACAAGAUUUUGCGGACGGUUGGAAGGAGUGCCCUUCCUAAGCUUGUGACAUAUGCAUCUGACCAUGUCCACUCCUCUUUACUAAAAGCUUGCCAGAUAGGAGGACUUGAUCCAGAGCUUUGCAGGUUGCUUAAAACCGAUUCUUCCACAAAUUUUGCGCUUUCCCCUGAUGUACUGUCUGAAGCAAUUUCAAAUGACAUUGCCAGUGGUCUUAUACCUUUUUUCUUAUGUGCUAACGUUGGUACUACUUCGUCAACAGCUGUUGAUCCUCUACCUGCAUUGGCGAAAGUCACUAAGACCAACAACAUUUGGUUGCAUGUGGAUGCUGCUUAUGCUGGAAGUGCUUGUAUAUGUCCAGAGUACCGCCACUUCAUUGACGGAGUUGAAGAAGCUGAUUCAUUUAACAUGAAUGCACAUAAAUGGUUCCUUACUAACUUUGACUGUUCACUACUUUGGGUUAAGGACAGGAGUGCUCUGAUUCAGUCGCUGUCUACAAAUCCUGAAUUUCUGAAAAAUAAGGCCUCUGAAGGAAACAUGGUCAUAGAUUACAAAGACUGGCAAAUUCCUCUUGGGCGUCGCUUUAGAUCAUUAAAACUUUGGAUGGUGUUGCGGCUCUAUGGAUUGGAAGGCCUGCGAGCUCACAUAAGAAACCACAUCGCAUUGGCAGCUUCUUUUGAGGAGCUUGUAGUUCAAGACGCAAGAUUCAAGGUUGUUACACCUCGAACAUUCUCAUUAGUUUGUUUUCGUCUUUUACCUCCACCAAACUCUGAAGAUAAUGGCAAUAAACUGAAUCACGAUCUACUUGACUUAGUAAACUCGACAGGAAGUGUUUUCAUAACACACACGAUUCUAUCGGGUGAGUACAUUCUGCGUUUGGCAGUAGGAGCACCAUUGACAGAAGUGAGGCAUGUCAAUGCGGCGUGGCAGAUUUUGCAAGAAAAAGCCACUGCUCUAUUAGAGAAUUUGUAGGAUGAAUCUGCUUUUGCAGCAUUCACCACUUCGCAUAGUCAUGUGCUGUAAGGUUAUAAUGUUGCCUGAAUUAGCAGCGUUCGUUAUGCGUGGAACGUGUAUGGAAGCAAUUAAUCGAUUAUAUAAGCUGAGUUAAUUGAUAAGUCUAGAAACAUUAAUCUGAUUAUGAAUCUCAUUAUUCUAUUGUGGCUGAACAUGAUUUCAGCAUUGCCAAUAAGUGAACAUAAUAGUGCCUAAA